AUGCUACUGAUAAACGACUAUAAGUUUGAAAUAACCAGCACUGCCGCGAUCAUGUUUAUUAUUAUCAUGUACACUUCUAGUCAUGCUUUUCGUUACUACGCCAAAUAUACCAUAUUUUCAGUAUUGUCAUAUAUAUCUGCAACUAUAUUCUUACCAUUAAUGUUAUGGAGACCAAGAGACUACAGGAAUGGAUUAUUACCUGCAUGGGGUGGACGUCAAGUAUCUAGAAUAUUAGGUAUAACAUGGGAAAUGAAGGGUAAAGAAAAUAUUGUACAAAAUUCAGGUUGUGUUGUUUUGAUCAAUCAUCAAAGCUGUUUGGAUUUAUUAGUAUUGUCUGAAAUAUAUCCGGUAAUGGAAAAAUGCACUGUGAUCUCCAAGAAAGAAAUAUUUUACGUUUGGCCUUUUGGUCUAGCGUCGUGGUUGUGGGGAACAAUAUUCAUCGACCGUCUAAAUGCAGAAAGUGCUCAGAGAACCCUUAAUAAGACUGGAGAAGCUAUUCGUCAUAAACAAGCAAAGCUCUGCAUGUUUCCUGAAGGCACAAGACACGGUGGACCAGAACUUUUGAAUUUUAAAAAAGGUGCUUUCCAUGUUGCAAUUUCAGCUCAGUGUCCUAUACAGCCAGUAGUUGUUACCCAAUAUUUCUUUGUGGACCACGGAAAACGUACAUUUGAUCCCGGCCACGCAGUCAUAACAAUAUUGCCUCCUAUACCCACUGAAGGAAUGACCAAAGAAGAUUUACCUGAUCUUAUUGAGAAAUCUAGAACUGCAAUGCAAGAAGCAUACACAAAAUCUUCGGCAGAAAUAAAAACAAAAUAUUAUAAUGUCAGCUAA